AUGAUCAAAUUUCAAGCAUACGAGCUGCAGCAAAGCUCACGCGUGGACAUUCCCCCAAAGAACCGAAAACUUAGCCUUACAGAAGAAGAAUCACUUGUUCAAUGGAUUCUAGCCAUGGAUGAGCGAGGUCAGCCACCCCGGGUUGCAGCUGUACGAGAAAUGGCCAAUCUCCUUCUUGCCAGUCGAGGAAUCAACCCCUCACCCACAGUGGGUGAAUGCUGGGUACGAAACUUUGUCAAUCGCUAUGAAGAGCUGAAAUCCAAGUUCUCCCGCAAGUACGACCAUCAACGUGCACUAUGUGAGGAUCCUGAGGUUAUCCGUGGGUGGUUUAAGCUUGUACAAAACACCAUUGCAAAGUAUGGGAUUCUGGAAGAGGAUAUCUACAACUUUGAUGAGACAGGCUUUCAGAUGGGGGUUAUUGGGACUGUCAGAGUGGUGACUGGAUCUGAAAGAGCUAGGAAUCCCAAGCUUGUACAGCCUGGAGAUCGGGAAUGGGUGACUAUUAUUGCUGGGGUCAAUGCAAUGGGCUGGGCUCUCCGUACAAUGAUUAUCCUCAAGGGAAAGAUGCAUCAGUCCUCUUGGUAUGAGACUGAAGGGCUGCCGCAUGACUGGGUGAUUGGAGUCAGUGAGAAUGGCUGGACCACUGACCAGCUGGGCUUGUACUGGCUGAAAGAGGUGUUCAACAAGGAGACUCUACCCCGUACAAAGGGCAGAUACCGACUGCUGAUUCUAGACUGGCACCGAAGCCAUGCCUCAGCUGAAUUUGAUCAAUUCUGCUCUGAGAAUCAGAUCAUUGCUCUCUACAUGCCACCACAUUCCUCUCAUCUUCUUCAGCCACUGGAUAUUGGGUGCUUCUCCCCCUUGAAGACUGCAUAUGGACGACAGGUGGAGAAUCAGAUGCGGCUUGGGAUCAAUCAUAUUGACAAGGAGGAGUUUCUGGCCCUAUAUCCUGCAGCUCAGAUGCAGGCUCUGACUGAGAACAACAUCAAGAGCAGUUUCAGGGCAGCUGGGCUGGUUCCAUACAAUCCUGAGCAGGUUCUCUCGCGCCUUAAUACCACAAUGCAUACCCCCACCCCACCUGGGACCUCUCAUAGCUCUCAGGCCUCCUGGGCCACUGCUACACCACAUAAUAUACACCAGCUAGAGCAGCAGACUAAGAAAGUUAAAGGAUAUAUUAAGCACCCCCAAGAGGGAGCUUUGGGGGUGGAAGAAGGCUUGGAUCGCGUACGAAGCAUCAAUGAAUGGGAAAGAGGGGUGGUUGAGGCUGCUGAGUCCCAACCACGAAGACGUGCAGCACCACAGUGUAGUGUAGAGGUUCCUUAA